GGCAGGACCCUGGCAACCCAGAGCUCAGACGCGCUGCGGUAGCGGAGCCAAGUGUCUCGGAGGCCGCGCCGGGGUCGGGGUGUCGCUGCCAUGGACAUCCCGCCGCUGGCCGGCAAGACCGCGGCGAUGUCGCUCGGCGCCCUGCCAGUGUCCUACGCGCUCAACCAAGUCUCGGCGUUCACACAACCCCUGUGUGUGGUGCUGGUGAGUGCACUGAUACUGGGUCUGCUCUUCAUGGCCAUCUUCAGCCUGUCUCAUGGGGAGAUCACCUAUGACCCUCUCUAUGCUGUCUUUGUGAUCUUCUCCUUCACCUCGUUGGUGGACCUUAUCAUUGCACUCCAAGAAGACGGCUUCAUGAUGGGAUUUAUGGAUUUCUACACCAAGGAGGGCGAGCCCUACCUACGCACGGCACACGGCAUCUUCAUCUGCUACUGGGACGGUACUGUGCACUACUUGCUCUAUCUGGCCAUGGCCGGUGCCAUCCGCAAAAGGAAAAGAUACCGGAACCUUGGGCUCUACUGGCUGGGGUCCUUCGCCAUGAGCCUCCUGGUGUUCCUCCCGGGCAACAUCCUUGGUAAAUACAGUUCAGAGAUCAGACCUGCCUUCUUCCUUGCCAUCCUGUACAUGCUGGUGCCAUGCUGGGCUGGUGUGAGGAUCUUCAGCCAGCCCUGUGCACCAACCUCCUAUACCCCCGACAUGGUACAGGAGGCACAGAAGAAAGGCCUCCUCCAGCGCCCAGCUGACCUGGCACUCAUCAUCUACCUCAUCCCUGCCGCACUGUUCACCCUCUUCCGGGGCCUGGUGGUACUUGACUGCCCCACAGAUGCCUGCUUCAUCUAUAUCUACCAAUAUGAGCCAUACCUGCGGGACCCCGUGGCCUACCCCAAGUUGCAGAUGCUGAUUUAUUUGUUCUAUGCCCUACCUUUCUACUGCCUGGGUGCCUACGCCCUCAUCUUCCCUGGCUGCUCCUGGCUGCCGGACUGGGCCUUGGUGUUUGCCGGAGCCAUUGGCCAGGCACAGUUCUCACACAUGGGCGCCUCCAUGCACCUGCGCACACCCUUCACCUACCGCGUGCCGGAGGACGCCUGGGCCACCUUCUUUCUGAGCAACCUGUUGUUUGCACUGGGUCCCCACCUGCUGGCUUUCCGCUGCCUGUGGCGACCAGCCUUCUUCAUGCACACACCGCCCUUGGAGCCCCAGGGCCAAGGCAAGAAGCAGCAGUGAGCGUGCGCACCUCUCCGCUAGGAACUCAACCUGUGCGGCCAGCCGGCUUUGCCCUCCACGGGUGGCUUGGCCCUUUUAAAGCUGGAUGGACAUCUGGGGGAAAUUGCAAUCCAGGCCAGAAAGGAGUAUAGGAGACCCAGGGCAAGGGCCGGAAGGACUCUAAUGCCCUCUCCUGUGAUUUACCCAUCACCUCCCCCUGUCCCUUUAAUAAAAGCCCUUUUUAUGUCUAGGAUAUCACUUCCUGUUUCAGGG